UAGAUAAAAUGUCGGCGUUCGAGUAAAUGUCAUCUGUGCUGUUUGUUUUCGAAAAUUGUUUAAUUAUAGCAAAACAACAGGUUACUUAAAGUAAAACCAUGUCGACAUUGCAAAAGACUAUUAUGAAAAAUAAACUGCCACCAAGAUGUCCUAAAACGUCUGGUGUAUCCAAGUUGGCGCCUUUCGGUGCUGGGCGCCGUAAAGACUAUACACCAGUAUCUUGGAAGCAGUAUUUUGAAAGGUUCGUUGAUGUGGAAACCGAUGGAGGAACUUUCCGGGUGUACCUGUCGCCGGAGCCCGAUCACCCUCAAAGACCUAGAUUUGUAACUCUUCAUGGAGGGGGAUACUCGGGACUCAGCUGGGCAUUGUUUACUGAGGAAAUCACAAACAUGGUGCACUGCCAAGUUGUGUCAAUAGACCUCAGGGGCCACGGUGAAACAAAAGCAAACGACUCUGAUGAUCUCAGCGCUGAAACAUUGGUUAAAGACGUUGAACAAGUGCUACACAAGUUGUACGGUGAUAGCUUACCACCUAUAAUACUGGUAGGACAUUCAAUGGGAGGAGCUAUAGCAGUUAGGACUGCUCUCCUACCAACACUAGAACCAUUUGUGCAGGGAAUAGCAGUGAUUGAUGUUGUCGAGGGGAUUCCACCAAACUGUACUGGAGCAGCCUGGUGGAGCAUGCUCCACUCCUCUGGUUGUGAGGAGAGACAGUUGCCCGAGAGCACCGCCAUGGACGCACUGGCCAGCAUGCAGAGCUUCCUACGAGGCAGGCCGACUCAUUUUAAAAGCAUCGAACACGCUAUCGAGUGGUGCGUGAGGAGUGGUCAGGUGCGCAACGUGGACUCUGCCAAAGUGUCGAUGCCGGGACAGAUUGUCAACUGCGAGACGGGCCUCCUGGCUACGAACGAGGUGGAAUCCUAUCAGCCGGUCGAGGAUCUGGGCGAGGCGGGUCCGCGACACGACGCUCCGCAUCACGACAGUAUCCUGGAGGAAGAGGGAGCCGAAGGGGAGGGGAUGCAGCAUCACUUCGCCAAGCCAGCUGUCACCGGAGACCGCGGCAUGAAGUACCGGUGGCGCAUCGCGCUGGCGGGCACGGAGCGGCACUGGGCGGGCUGGUUCCGCGGCCUCUCCGCCGCCUUCCUCGCCGCGCGCGCGCCCCGCCUGCUGCUGCUCGCCUCCGUGGACGGACUCGACCGGGAGCUCACCGUGGGACAGAUGCAGGGUAAAUUUCAAAUGCAAGUGCUAACUCGCUGCGGGCACGCCGUGCACGAGGACACACCGGGCGAGGUCGCCCGGGUGAUAGCCGCCUUCGUGCUGAGGCACCACAUCACCACGGCGACCGAUAAUGGGGAGCUCAUGAACAUAGCGUCGGGCCCGCCCGGUUGCUGAACGCGCCACACGUAGACAUAUUGUAUAAGGCAUUUUGUAAUCCAACACCGAGAACAUACUAUCUAGAUUAGAUUUAAUAAUGUUUAAGCUAAUAAAUUUAAAAGUUCCGCAACUAUGAGUGACGUCAUUUGUGGCCAUAACGUUCGACGUGGUAAUCAUAGUUUGAUACAUUAAUAUAUACACAUAUCUAGAAUAAUUAGAUUUGAUUUAAAGAUGUCAAUCAUUAAUAUGCAAUAAGAUAGUGAUCUAAUAUUCGUUUAACUAAGGCCUUUUAUAAUGAUUAAUCAACUGGAUUGAAAUAUUAAAACGUUACCAUUUAAAUUCGUGAUAAAAUUAUCGAUGUCGGGGUGGGGAUGUGAAAUCGAUUAAUCGUUAAUUUAUUUUAUUGAUCAAAAUUAUCGUUAUUCAAUCGAUACCAACUUAUAAAUCGAUCUCUGACAGUGGUAUAACUAGCCCAUUCCACUCGCAGCGCCGUCAAGUGCGGGCGUGUAUUUGUUCGACCCGUCAAUCGCUCGCGGUUUGGUUUCGUUAAAUACAUCGCUUUGCUCGAUUGUUUUGCUGAAAACUCAACUGCCGUUCCCACGGAAAACGACUGCUACGAUUAACCAGAUAUAGCGCUAUGUAUCGUAGCGAUUUCACACACCCUUUCCGGCUAAGGCCAGUCAUUUUCACGACUAAACCCAUGUUUUGCUUCCGCCCGUUUUAACAAAUACAUACCAAGUAGGUCCCAUCCCGUUCUCCCGCAGCUGUUGAUUUCACGACAGAGACACUUCUUCUCACUCAACCACUCACCAGUGCCCCUGAACCCCCCACUCCCUCACAUCGAGACGUCAGUGUACCGUAUCGAACUGACUGGACACCAGCCGACCGUCAUCGCAUCCGUAUUCCUUUCUUUUAUGAUUGACAGAUUACUGGUGGCCCGAAGGCCUUUCCAGUUUCACCAGGAAAAGUGGGCGAGUAAAGGCUCAGCCAGGAGGGGUGGG